GCUCCGCCGCGCCCUCGAGCCUGGUCAAGUUUGCCAGCGACUUCACGCUCGGCUUCGCAGAUGGCCUCACCGUGCCCUUUGCCCUCACGGCAGGCAUGUCGUUCCUCGACCGCUCCGACGCCGUCAUCCUCGCGGGUCUGGCAGAGCUGUGCGCGGGCAGCAUCAGCAUGGGCAUUGGCGGCUUCCUGGCCAUGCGCGAUACACAGCGGCAGGAUGAGCCGGCCGAGUGCCAGGACGAAGACGAAGAGGGGUCGACUGGUCAAAUAGAACGACGGCACAGGCAGCACGGUGAUGAUGCGGAUGGAGCCGCCGCAGGACUCCUGCGCCAUCAGGAAGAAGGACGCAGCAGCACUGAGCGUCCGUCGACAUCAUCAUCGCCAUCAGAUGUGGACAGUAUUGCCAGGCUCGAGAAGCGGGCCAUGGAGGAGGACAGCGCAGAUGAGCAAGACGAGGAGGAAGCUAUCCGCCGCCAUCUUGCACCGCUGCAGCUCCCAGAGCCGGCCAUCCAGCAGGUUCUCGCAGCCAUGGGGUUGCGAUCCACAUCAGCACCAGGAUUCGCCAUUCGCGAUCCGGCUACAACCCUACAGCAAAGACUGUCCGCAUUCUAUGCAUCUCAAUCAACUCAUGCCGGGCGCUACUAUGACGCUGGCGACGAAUACGCACCACCACUAUCCACUCAGGCCAGAUCCACCAUACUUGCACCUGUUGUUUCUGGCUUGACGAUCGCCCUUGGAUAUGUCAUCGGCGGUCUGAUUCCCCUGUUGCCGUACUUCUUUGCCGAAACAGUGGAGGUGGGCACGCGAUGGAGCAUCGCAUUGUGCAUGGUGGCUUUGUUCGGGUUCGGGUCAGGAAAGUGCUGGGCCCUCCAGGGUCUUUUAGGGGGAGCAAGGAAUCGGUCAGGACACGGUGAUGAACACCAGAACGCAGGCAUCGGGAAGACCAUGUGGAGGUGUAUCUUUGAAGGGGUGCAGAUGCUCGUGCUGGGCAUGGUGGCUGCCGGGGCGGCGGUCUUGUGUGUGCAGCUUGUGAACGAGCGCGAGACGAAUUCCCCUUGAACGUAGCGAUCAGAUGAUAAGCCAAAGCUACAUGUUUCUGUGUCCAGCGGUAACAUGCCCGCGGUUCGAUGCACUGUGCGAGCUACGUUCCCCAUUUUCAGGUUGAUGC